CGAGACCCCAGCUGCGUCGUGGCUUGCUGCUCAUCGCAAGCCGCCUCGAUGCAUCCAAGCCUCAAAUGGGGCUUCAAACGGAUGACUCUAAUCGUUGCUUCCUUUCACCUUCUUUGAUCAGGCUCAGCGAGGCACAUCAUUCAGGCUUGAGACUGUGCCUUGCUUGUCAAAUAUUCUGACUUCUCUUAUCUCCCCUUGUCUAAGCCGUUCUCAGAGCUAUAGUCCUUCAAACAUGCCUGAUCCAAUGACUCUACAGGAAGAAUCAGAUCAUUUCUCACCAUACCGAACAGAUGGGAAACUGUAUGGCUUCGUCUGCGUAGUCACUGGCGCCAACAUGCCAGUUGGAGCUGCCAUCGUGACAGAACUGGCCGCACAUGGAGCAGCCUGUAUAUACGCAUGCACCGCAUUUGACCAACCUUCGAGUCUUCAAUCGGACCUUUCGAAGCUCUACCCAAACACUCAGGUCAUCUCCUACCCUUACUCCAUCUCCUCCGAACAAGACACGCUGGUCCUCAUUGACGAAGCUCUAAACGCUUGGGGCCGCCUUGACGUCUGGGUCUGUUCCUCUGGGCUUCUGGGCCCGCCUUCAAUAGACCAGACGACCCCGCAAGAUCUGCAGAAAUGCUUCGAGGCCAACAGUCUCGCGCCGUUCUUCGCCUUGAAAUACGCGCCCCAUGCGAUGCAGAAGACCACAUCAAAAGGGAACUAUCUCAACGCCGCGCCCAAAGAUCAGCGGUAUGGAAGUAUCAUUGUGGUGACAUCCACGGCGAGCACGUACGGCGGAUGUUGGGGUCCGUGCUUCACAAUGAGCUGCCAUGCUGCACUUGGCGUCGUCCGCUCGGGUGUCGCAGUCCUGAAGGGUACAGGCGUGCGCAUCAACGCCAUCUCUCCUGGUCAGAUCGAUGUGGGGGUGAGCCUCAACGAGUUCGGCACAAAAAGUACUUUGAUGGGAUAUAACACUCAAUUACCUCCUGCAGCCCUCCAGAGCCCGACGGCGCAGAAAAGCAAUAUUGGACUCGAAAGGGCCGGAACACCAGCAGAGGUUGGAAGGGUUGCAGGCUUCUUGGCCUCGGGUUUUAGCAGCUACAUCACAGGGGCGAACAUGGUUGUGGAUGGAGGAGCCAGUGUCAUGUCUCCGUUGAUGGUGCCCAUAUAGUGAUUGACGUGCAACGCAAAAUCGAAAGUGGACAAAAUUGUGAAAAAGCAAGAUCGACUGAGUCUUCUGUUGUCGGUAGCCCUUGAAAAGUAGAUACAGUAGGUCGCAUUCCCAUGGCAGUAUUCUCUCAGG